ACUUCAGUGUGGUAAAGAAGCCGCGACGGAAUUGUUUGUUUUCUUUGGAAAAAUACUGAUUUUCCUGAGAUUUUCAGUUACUUUGUAAACAAAUUGCAUCAUAAUGUCCAAGGCUCACCCACCAGAGUUAAAAAAAUUUAUGGAUAAGCGGAUGAGUCUCAAGCUGAAUGGAGGACGUACAAUUAAUGGGAUUCUCCGUGGAUUUGAUCCCUUCAUGAAUGUGGUGAUUGAUGAGACAAUUGAGGAAUGCCGCGAUGGUUCCCGGAACAAUAUUGGGAUGGUGGUUGUCCGUGGUAACAGCAUUAUAAUGGUUGAAGCUCUGGAUAGGAUAUAAAGUCUCUAGAAUUAAUGAUUUAUGGAAGGAAAAAUAAAACAUUCUCAUAAG